UUAAUAUCAUAUAAAAUAGAGGAUGACAAUACAAAGGCAUCAUACAGCUCCUGCAGUACAAGGAUGAGAAGUGACCGAUUAUCACUGAGCAUCAGUAACGCUGAAGUAUCUGAUGAAGGGGAUUAUACUUGUGAGGUUGUAAAUGCCAUAGACAUUGUCGUUACAUACAAAUUACUACAAGUAUUAGCUCAGCCGUCUACAUUUCUAAAAUUAAACAGUGACGGAUCUUCAGAGUGCGGAGCCGUUGGUGGGAAUCCACCUGCAGAAAUCUCCUGGAUCCCACAUUCAGAUAACAUAACCACUACAAUACUGGAAGAGCCGGACCAGACGAGGACAGUGGUCAGCACCGUCCGUACAGAGGGACUGAACGAGGCAUCAGUGACGUGUGUCGUAUCUCAUCCAACGUUUCUGACUCCAUGGACAGGAGUCAUAUCACUGAAUGGUAAGGGCUUUAAACUUCGACUUGACAACAUCGUGAGACUAAUUUUCACCAUAUUUGUCACCAUGCUCCUUGCAGGACGUCUUCUGUACCUAAAAAUCAAGCGCCAGAAAGAAAAUAUUCCUGGAAAAGAAAGUAUUGAAGCCUGAAGAGAAGGAAUAUGGAAUGACCAGGUGUCAAGGGAUUAGAUUACCCCGGAUGUAGAUUAUGUGCUUCCGUCUGAUUCUUCUUUCA